CGGGCAGCGGCGGAGGGAGGGGAGCGGGGAGGGGGCGCCGCGCUGGGAGGGAGGCAGCGCGCACCGUGCAGCCGGGCCGGGCGGGAGGCAUGGCGGGGCCCCCGGCCCUACCCCCGCCGGAGACGGCGGCGGCCGCCACCACGGCGGCCGCCGCCUCGUCGUCCGCCGCUUCCCCGCACUAUCAAGAGUGGAUUCUGGACACCAUCGACUCGCUGCGCUCGCGCAAGGCGCGGCCGGACCUGGAGCGCAUCUGCCGGAUGGUGCGGCGGCGGCACGGCCCGGAGCCCGAGCGCACGCGCGCGGAGCUCGAGAAACUGAUCCAGCAGCGCGCCGUGCUCCGGGUCAGCUACAAGGGGAGCAUCUCGUACCGCAACGCGGCGCGCGUCCAGCCGCCCCGCCGCGGACCGCCGCCGGAGGGGGGCGCGGCGCGGGCGGGCGGCCCGGCGCGGCCCGUGAGCCUGCGGGAAGUCGUGCGCUACCUCGGGGGCAGCGGUGGCGCCAGCGGACGCCUCACUCGCGGCCGCGUGCAGGGCUUGCUGGAAGAAGAGGCGGCGCGGGGCCGUCUGGAGCGCACCCGCCUGGGAGCGCUCGCGCUGCCCCGCGGAGACAGGCCGGGACGGGCGCCGCCGGCCGCUAGCGCACGCGCGGCGCGGAGCAAGAGAGGUGGAGAAGAACGGGUGUUUGAGAAGGAAGAGGAAGAUGAUGAGGACGAGGACGAGGAGGAGGAGGACAAUGUAUCAGAGGGCUCAGAAGUGCCUGAGAGUGACCGCCCCGCAGGUGCGCAGCACCAACAGAUUAAUGGAGAGCGCGGCCCUCAGAGUGCUAAGGAGAGGGUCAAGGAGUGGUCGCCCUGUGGACCCUAUCAGGGCCAGGAUGAAGGGCGGGGACCAGCACCUGGCAGCUGCACACGCCAAGUGUUCUCGAUGGCAGCUGUGAAUAAAGAAGGGGGAUCAGCUUGUGUUGCGGCUGCUCCAGAUUCUCCAUCUCCUGUGCCUAUGCCCCCAGGAAAACCAGCCCUACCUGGGGCUGAUGGGACACCUUUCGGCUGCCCUCCUGGGCGCAAAGAGAAGCCAGCUGACCCCGUGGAGUGGACAGUCAUGGAUGUGGUGGAGUACUUCACUGAGGCGGGCUUCCCAGAGCAGGCCACUGCUUUUCAGGAGCAGGAAAUUGAUGGCAAGUCUUUGUUGCUCAUGCAACGGACAGAUGUGCUCACUGGCCUGUCCAUCCGCUUGGGCCCAGCCCUGAAGAUCUACGAGCACCACAUCAAGGUGCUUCAGCAAGGCCACUUUGAGGAUGACGAUCCUGAUGGCUUUCUAGGCUGAGCACCUAGCCUUGUCCGACCCCAUCCAGUUCAGAUCCCACCCAUGGUGGCCCCGUAGUCCAGGAGCUGGACAUGGGGACCCUCUGAAACUUCCCAAGAGACUCCAGUGAGGAGGUGCUCCUCCCUGUUCAUUUCCCCCUCUUCUCGCCCCCACCUUAGUUCAUCCCCUCUCCACCAUAGUGGAAUGUGGGGUAGGAGGACUUGGCUCAGUUACCAGGGGCCCCCCUUUUACCCCAAACAAGGACAUUUUUGAAAAACAAAAAAAAAACAGGGGAGCAUCCUGUGGCCCCAGACCCUCCUCAGUUCAGCCAGAUGUAUCUUAUCUAUGUUUUGUUCUGCCUAUUUGUCCUGGUGGUGGUCUCUCUUCCCACCGCCUGUGCCCUCCGCCCAGCCUGGCCCCCAGCCUCUGGGGAACAGCUGAGGUAAGGGACCUUGGUCCUCUGGUUCCUUCCCUUUCUGUCUGUCCACUGUUGCUCCACCUGGCUGUAUUGCUUUUUAAUAUUGCACCGAAGGUUUUUUAAAUAAAACUUA